AUGUCUGAGUUGAGAUACGAUGGCCAGGUAGUCGUGGUGACGGGUGCCGGUGGUGGACUGGGUAAGGCAUACGCCCUUUUCUUCGCCUCAAGAGGCGCAAGCGUUGUCGUCAAUGACCUUGGAGGCUCUUUCAAGGGUGAGGGCCAGGGCACAAAGGCCGCCGACCUAGUCGUUGACGAGAUCAAGAAAGCUGGCGGCAAAGCCGUAGCCAACUACGACAGCGUCGAGCAUGGUGACCGCAUCAUUCAGACCGCCAUCGACGCCUUCGGUCGCAUCGAUGUCCUCCUCAACAACGCUGGCAUCCUUCGGGAUAUCAGCUUCAAGAACAUGAAAGAUGAUGACUGGGAUCUCAUCAUGAAAGUUCACGUACAAGGUGCUUAUAAAUGCGCAAGAGCAGCAUGGCCUCAUUUCCGGAAACAGAAGUAUGGACGAGUCAUCAACACAGCAUCCGCAGCUGGUCUAUUCGGUAGCUUCGGACAAUGCAACUACUCUGCAGCAAAAUUGGCUCAGGUUGGCUUCACCGAGACAUUGGCAAAGGAAGGCCAGAAAUACAACAUUCUAUGCAAUGUCAUUGCUCCAAUCGCCGCCAGCCGCAUGACAGCGACCGUCAUGCCACCAGACGUGCUCGAAAACCUCAAGCCAGACUGGGUUGUCCCACUCGUUGCAGUUCUUGUACACAAGUCCAAUGUUGAGACUGGGCGCAUCUACGAAGUCGGUGGCGGCCACGUGGCUAAGCUUCGGUGGCAGCGAGCAAAGGGCGCACUCCUGAAAGCGGAUGACUCGAUGACUCCAGGUGCAAUCUUGGCCAAGUGGAACGAUGUUGUCGACUUCUCCCAGCCCGAAUAUCCAAAUGGCGUCGCUGAUAUGGUUGCUAAGCUUGAAGAAGCCGGAAAGCUGCCCAGCAAUGAGCCUGGCGAGAAAAUCGAAUUCAAGGAGAAGGUCGUCCUCGUGACGGGCGGAGGCGCCGGACUUGGUCGACUGUACUGCUUGCACUUCGCCAAACUCGGCGCAAAAGUCGUCGUCAAUGAUCUCGUCAACCCCGAUACGGUUGUACAGGAGAUCCAGAAGCUUGGUGGCACUGCCGUUGGCAACAAAGCCUCAGUUGAGGAUGGUGAUGCUGUUGUCAAGACUGCGAUUGACAACUACGGCCGCGUUGACAUCCUCAUCAACAAUGCCGGUAUACUUCGCGAUAAGGCUUUCGCAAAUAUGACCGAUGACCAGUGGAAUAUCAUUCUGAACAUCCAUCUGAACGGCACCUACAAGGUCACCAAGGCUGCUUGGCCAUACAUGCUGAAGCAGAAGUACGGCAGAAUUGUCAACACGACCAGCACAAGUGGCAUCUACGGCAACUUCGGCCAGGCCAACUAUGCUGCCGCCAAGCUUGGCAUACUCGGCUUCUCUCGUGCCCUAGCCCUCGAGGGACGCAAGAACAAUAUCUUCGUCAACACGAUCGCGCCUAAUGCCGGCACGGCUCUCACUCGCACAAUUUUGCCGGAAGAGCUUGUUCAAGCAUUCAAGCCAGACUACGUUGCGCCCUUAGUCUUGCUGCUCUGCUCCGACCGUAUGCCCGAUCCACCAACAGGCUACCUUUUCGAGGUCGGCAGCGGCUGGCAAGCACGCACUCGCUGGCAACGGUCCGGUGGUCACGGCUUCCCUGUCGAUGUCAAACUCGUCCCGGAAGAGGUCGUCAAGUACUGGAAGAAGAUCAACGACUUCGAUGAUGGUCGCGCAGACUACCCAGAAGGUGGUCAAGAUGGUCUGAAAUCGAUCAUGGCCAACAUGGAGAACAAGUCGAAGAAAUCCGACUCCGGCACAGACUAUCUCGCCGCGAUCGAGAAAGCCAAGAACGCCAAAUCUUCUGGCACCGAAUUUUCCUACGACGACCGAGACGUCAUCCUCUACAACCUCUCCCUCGGCGCCAAACGCACCGAAUUGCCACUCGUCUACGAGAACAACGGCGACUUCCAGGUCCUGCCCACCUUCGGUGUCGUUCCCUUCUUUGGCGCCUCUUCACCCUUCUCCAUGGACGAAGUCGUCCCCAACUUCUCGCCUAUGAUGCUCUUGCACGGCGAACAAUACCUUGAAGUUCGCAAGUUCCCCAUCCCAACACAAGCCAAGACCAUCUCCUAUCCGAAACUUGUCGAGGUCGUGGACAAAGGCGCUGCCGGCGUCAUUGUCACUGGCAUCGUCACGAAAGACGCCAACACUGGCGAAGACCUCUUCUACAACGAGUCCACCGUCUUCAUCCGAGGCUCUGGCGGCUUCGGUGGUCCCAAGAAGGGCAGCAACCGCGGCGCGGCCACGACUGUUCACCAGCCGCCCAAGCGUGCACCUGAUGCCGUGGUCGAGGAGAAGACUACUGAUGAUCAGGCCGCACUGUACCGUUUGAACGGCGAUCGCAACCCGCUGCACAUCGAUCCGGAGUUCAGCAAGGUUGGUGGCUUCAAGAUCCCGAUCCUGCACGGUCUGUGCUUCUUUGGGUUCAGCGGCAAGCAUGUUGUGCAGACGUACGGGCAGUUCAAGAACAUCAAGGUCAGAUUCGCGGGCACAGUGCUGCCAGGCCAGACGCUGGUCACUGAGAUGUGGAAGGAGGGCAGCACGGUUGUGUUCCAGACGAAGGUCAAGGAGACUGGGAAGCUGUGCAUUGCGGGCGCUGGGGCGGAGUUGAGGGGAGAUGCAAAGGCGAAGCUGUAA